AUGCCGUUCUAUCAAAUGCUGUGUAUUUCUUCGCACUAUCCGGAAUAUAAACAUAUCAAGGACCUCGUUCACUUCACUGCUAUGCAUGUCAUGAACCAAGGUGGGGUAGUGCGCAGGCUCAACUCGUGGGGAACCCUCUCGCUACCUCAGCGUAUGCGGCGGCAUAAAACGUACAAUAGCAUUGGAGAUUAUUGGACAAUGCACUUCGACGCGUCGCCACGGAUACUGAAGAGCCUCAAUACGCAGAUGCGGCGUGACCCACGCGUGAUUCGGUGUACAAUGAUCAAGCUGGGGCAGAAGGUGGAGGAUGUUGUUCAUGAAAAGGAGAAAACCAUCCAGCGGAGAGGAAGCGGCUUCUAG